AUGGCACAGACUGGGCUGGAGGCCCCGUACCCCUCUCAAGGCGGCCCCAAAAUCCGGCCAGGUAAUACCCACUGGGAUUCCUACGCCACCACGAUGAAGACUGCAUUCACACCAAAAAGGGGAGCGGUGCCUGCUUUAAUUCGUCAAAAAAGCAUCCGAAGAUUAGGAUAUACAUAUUCCCUUAGUGAUCCUCUUCUCAAUCAGACACACUACAAUGAUGAGUACAUCUGGAAGUUAUGUUCUAAAGAAGAUUUGAUCAAAGCUGGGACUCCUAAGGAGACUGGGAGCCACAAUUCUCACACCAGUCAGGGCUCUUUUCACCGGACGCUACCUCCAGGUCACUCCACGUCAGUGAACAGCUACUUCCCUUUGAAAAUCUCUGCUUCAAUGGAUGAAGUCAGAAAGGCGAUAUCAAAUCAGUUUAUUUCCCAUACUAGGAGAGACUUUGUGGACAGAGCUGAAGCUCAGAAGAUCAAGAAAAGUUCUCAAAUGUUUCUGGAAUCAAAAAAGUUACUACCCCACCCUGCAGACACUGAAUUUCGACGUAAUUACCAAGUUCCAGCUAAAAUUCCUGAGUUUCAGGAUUUUAGUUUCAAAUAUGGAUGCUACUCAAGCCUACCAAUCGCUUCUCAGGGUCUAGUCCCUUCCGUGCUGCACAGCCACAUGAAGAAUCAGGACCGCACAAAGAAGCAGACCACACAGCAAAGUGAUUACGGCAAAGCCUACCUGGAUUUCUUAACGAUCUUGAACUCAUUUACUCCUUCUCAAGUAACAGAGUACCUGCAAAAUGUUUCCUACACAGGUAGGAUGAGGUCUUGA